AUGGCGAAGAAGUCUGAGCCCCCAUGUCAAGCUGAAGCAUGUGCGCUGCAAGAUUGCCUAGGGAAGAAUACAUACAGCCCCGAAAAAUGCGAUCGCUACAUGCGUGACUUGUACAAGUGUUGCGCUAAACUGUACGAUGAAACGAAUGACAAGGGAGAGUCUACUGCAUGUCCCAUGCCCAGUGUGGUCCGCAGGUGGCUACGAACUCAUGAAGAAAAGUGACUGUGCUGAAGCGUGGUUCAUAAAGUAAUUGUGAUCCGGCGUUCCCGCAGGUUUUGCGCGAUCGAACGGGACAAUGUAGCUUGGCCAGAUGACUUAAGCACAAGCCAUACCCGUGUUAAUCCUUGCACUCGCUCACGCUCAUGGACACCCAUUGUGAUCCCCGUUCUAUAUCAAGUUGUUCACGAGUCGAGUGGGUUUCCCAUGCAUAUCAUAUCUCGGAGUCUAAGCUAGACGACUUGCUCAAAUGUCCCACAAACGGAGCCACUACACACGAACCGUUCAAGUUGGAGAUGAAAUGAAAUGGAUAAUAGUCAAUAAAUAAAUAAAUACAGACAAGUCUAUAAGAAACCGAUUAUGAUAUG